CAGCCAGGUACCUAAAACCUGGAAGGAAGGAAGGAGGGACUUGUGUGUUGUCACCUUCCCCGUCCACGUCCACCUCAGGCUCCGGUCCUCGCCUGCCGUGCUGCCCACCCGCGACUGCCACGCCUGCAUAGCCUGCUGACAGAGCAUUCGUUGGUCCCCUGAUCAUGAGGCCCGGGGUGUCAGAAUGCCAGCUGUGGGUGGUUGACUGAAAUCCUUCCUGUUUGCCUGCACAUCUUUUCACAUCAUGGCCGCCGGGUAGGGCUGCUGCCAAACGUCGCUUCUGCAUCAUUUCCCAUGGACCUCUGCGGCCCAGUUGCCCAUCCAGCUGCGAAUCUCUGAACUCGCAAAGGUACGAAGACCCCAAGUAACCACCAUCUUUCUCAACUUACCUGUGUACUACCUACGCAAAUAACCCCUGCUGACUGGACCCCCCCUGAGCAGGCUCUCGAUACGGAUACACAGCCGAGAAGAAUCUUUCCUCCUAGUCCCGCCGAUGACUGCGCAUGCUACGGUCGCGAGCUUCCAUCCAUCGUUGAACUCGGUGUGCUGCACGGGGACGUUUGUUAACGAGACAUCACGCAAAGAGGUUGCCCAGACCUCUAGUCCCUUACCUCAUCUCCGCCCGCGGCGCGCGUCCCAGAAGUACCGAGACAUAAGGUUUUCGCCAAAAAGGAACAACGCAAGGGAGAACAACAACCGACAGAGAUAUGUCGAAACUAUGGUCGAAGCGCCGCCCUUCCCCGGGCGGCGAGACCUCGCCGCUCCUCGAGUCCGACCUCACUGUCGAAGCACCGAGCCAAGCCGACGCAACCCUCCACUCUCAUGAUGCGCCCUCGGGCGGCGUCGCACACUCCGAUACCGUCGCGAACCAGAUCAGCAGUGCCGAGCGCGUCUGGCUUUUUGUCGGGAUAUUCCUGGUCGGCUACGCCUAUGGUCUCGACAGCCAGGUGCGGGGAACAUACCAGCCCUACGCCACGUCAAGCCUCAACCUACACUCAUCCCAUUCAACUAUCAACGUGCUGCGAAGUGUUAUCGCUGUGGCAUCGCAGCCCACUGCGGCCAAGGUCGCCGAUAUUUACGGCCGCUUCGAGACCAUCGCCGCCUCGAUCCUAUUCUAUGUCGUCGGGACCGCCCUCGAGGCCAGUGCGUCUUCGGUGGAAGUCUUCUGCCUCGGUGCCGUUCUGUACCAGAUUGGCUGGACAUGCAUCGUCCUCCUUCUAGAGGUCCUCGUGGCCGACUUCUCGUCGAUGCGAUCUCGGGUCUUCUUCAGUUACAUCCCCGCUAUUCCCUUCGUGUUCAACACCUGGAUCAGCGGCAACGUCACCUCGGCCGUCUUGAGAGUCACAUCAUGGCGCUGGGGCAUUGGAAUGUGGGCUAUCAUCCUGCCCAUCUGCUCCGUCCCGCUCCUCACUAGCCUCUACACCUUUGGCCAGCGCUCGCGAAAGGCUGAUCGUCAUGCCGAGUCGAAGAAGGCCACCAUUGACCUCUUCCAUCAACUCGAUGCCGUCGGCCUUGCUAUUCUCAUUGCCGCAUUCUCCUUCACCCUGGCACCUCUGACUCUGGCGGGAGGAACUGUGAGCCACUGGAAGAGCCCGGGAAUCAUCAUUCCGCUCGCCUUUGGGCUGCUUUGCAUUCCGGCCUUCAUCUUCUGGGAGCGCCGCUACGCCCAAGUUCCACUCAUCCCCUUCCGCCUCCUCAAAGAUCGUGGUGUCUGGUCAGCCCUGGCCGUCCGCAGUCUUCUCAACUUUGCUUGGUCGACGCAGGGGAACUAUUUAUACACCGUUCUUGUCGUGGCCUUCGACUUUCCUAUCGAGACGGCCACCCGCAUCUUGUCAUUCUUCUCCUUCUUUGGCGUUUUCAGCGGUGUCUUGAUGGGCGUCGUCAUUUAUAGGAUUCGAAGACUUAAGGGCAUCAUCAUCACUGGCGCUUGCAUUUUCACGGCCUCCUUUGGUCUUCUCAUAUUAUACCCCGGAGGAGCUUCUUCUGCUUCACAGUCUGGUCUUAUUGCCGGCCAAAUCAUUAUGGGUUUGGCGGGUGGUCUGUUUGCGUACCCAACACAGGCCUCCAUCCAAGCGUCGUCCGAUCGGGAGCACGUUGCCGUCGUUACGAGUCUCUACCUCGCCAUCUUCAACGUCGGAAGCGCCCUCGGAAACUGUCUGUCGGGAGCCAUGUGGACGCAACUCCUCUACCCCUCUCUCGAGUCUAACCUCGAGUUCCAGUCGAACAAAACCCUGGCGGCGCUGGUCUACAAUUCGCCAUUUUCCACCAUCGAAGAUUACCCAGUUGGCGGAGAGAUCAGAGACGCAAUCAUUGACAGCUAUCGUGGUGUGCAGAGGCUUCUGUGCAUUGCUGGACUGUGCAUCUGCGUGCCUAUGGUUGGCUUUGCUUUUGCGUUGAGAAACCCGAAGCUGUCGGAGGAGCGGGUCCAGCCAGAGGCUUCGGCCGAGUCGGACUGAUCCAUACGACUACAAGAAAGACGACAUAGUGUCUGUCAUUACAGACUUCCUUUUGAGACUUCCUUUUGAGACUGAUCCCAUUUAUCGAAUGGGUUACGACACAUACCUCAGGUAUCAGAAUUGUUGCUGCACAAAGAAAUCGAUAGAGCAAGCGUUGGAUUUCUCCAUUAGAUCACUUUUCGGUUUACCACUUCAUAUUACAGCGUAGCCUGCCAACGCCAAAGACUGGCAC